UUACACUCUCUCAAUCCUCUUUGCAUCUUCCUUCCCCAUCUUUGCAUGAUUAAUCAAAUUACGUCUCUACAAAAUGCAACCAUCACAAAUCAACACCCUCACCACAUUCAUCUCUCAUGGCUCCUCCAUGGAUUCAAGAACUCCAUCUCAAUUCCUUGACUAUACCUAUCACAAUCAUCAACAAAUUCCCCGUUACUCCCUCCAAGCCUAUUCCUGUUAAACCAGGUGAUACUUUAUACCUUUCAAACCUCGAUGACAUGAUCGGGGCGCGCGUCUUCACACCAACCGUAUAUUUUUAUCAAUCCGACAGCUCGGGCGGGACUUUCCAUAAACCUGUCACAGAAAUACUUCGACGUUCGCUAGCCGAUGUUUUGGUUCCUUACUACCCUCUCUCAGGAAGGUUAAGAGAAACAAAAAAUGGUAAACUGGAAGUAUUUUUCGGACAAGAACUAGAAGGAGCAUUAAUGGUUGAAGCAAGAACUAACAUAGCUUUAUCUGAACUAGGUGAUUUUGCAGCACCAAACCCUUGUUGGGAACCAUUGAUCUUCAAGUUUCCCAAUGAAGAACAAUACAAAGUGUUGGAAAUGCCACUUGUUAUAGCCCAGGUAACACUCUUCACAUGUGGUGGAUUUAGCAUCGGUUUACGCCUUUGUCAUUGUAUCUGUGAUGGAAUGGGAGCCAUGCAAUUUCUAGGAGCAUGGGCUGCAACAGCUAAAACCGGAACAUUGGUGACAGAACCUGAACCAUGUUGGAAUAGAGAAGUUUUCAAGCCACGAGAUCCACCAGAAGUGAAGUUUCCACAUAUGGAGUUCAUGAGAAUUGAUGAAAGAUCAAAUUUAACAAUGAAACUAUGGAAAACAAAGCCGGUUCAAAAAUGUUGCACUACAUUUGAUGCAAUGGCCGCACAUAUUUGGAGAUCAUGGGUUAAAGCUCUUGAUGUGAAGCCUUUAGAUUACCAAUUAAGGUUAACAUUUUCUGUCAAUGCUAGACAGAAGCUUAAGAAUCCACCAUUGAAGGAAGGUUUUUAUGGUAACGUGGUUUGUAUUGCUUGCACAACAAGUAAUGUUUCUGAGCUUGUGAAUGGGAAAUUACCAGAGACAACCCUUUGGGUUCGCGAAGCUAGACAGAAUGUAACAGAAGAAUAUUUGAGAUCAACAGUUGAUUAUGUUGAAGUUGAUAGGCCAAAGCAGCUUGAGUUUGGUGGUAAGCUUACAAUAACUCAAUGGACAAGAUUUUCAAUAUAUAAAUGUGCUGAUUUUGGAUGGGGUCAGCCAAUUUAUGCUGGUCCUAUAGAUUUAACACCUACACCUCAAGUUUGUGUGUUUUUACCUGAAGGGGAAGGUGACUGUAGUAAUGGUUCUAUGAUUGUUUGCAUUUGCUUGCCUGAAUCUGCUGCUAACAAGUUUACACAAGCCUUGUUGAUCGAUUCUCUUUCGACAUAG